AUGUCAGCUGACAUCUCAAUUCUCAAUCUCAAGAGCUCCUCCUGUUCUUCGUGUAGGAACUUAUUGACAGUAUCAAUUUUUGUGCAAUUUUAUUAUAUAUUUCUACAUUACCCGUAAGGUGUGAAGUGAACGUGACAGUACUCUAUAUAAAAUAAGCAAUGGGUGCUUCUGCUAUUCCUGUAAUUGUUAUGUCUGUUUUAUGGGGUGUUGUUGGAAUAGUUCUUCCAUUUUUGGUACCCAAGGGUCAGAAUAGAGGGAUAAUUCAACUAGUUCUCAUGCUAACCGGAGCAACAUGUUGGCUUUUCUGGCUCUGUUGCUACAUGGCACAAAUGAACCCUCUGAUUGGCCCCAAAAUUGAGAAUAAGACUCUCCUCUUGAUGGCCAGAGAAUGGGGCAAUCCAGUCCAGUAAGAUGAGUCUGACACCAGAAUCUUCAUUGUCAUUCCUUCACAGUUUGUUUAUCAAACGAUUGUUGUCCAUAUGUGAGAUAUAAAACCCAGUGUACAUUACAAAGUUUAGUUUUAAAUUUAUUAGUGACAAUAUACUUGUAAAGUUUUAGUGGUGAAGGUUUGUUUUUAUUUCUACACAAUUUUUAUUUAUUGUAAGGUUUUGUAAAAAUAUAAAUAUUAAAUAUCACAACUCGUCUUGUAAUCCUGUAUUGUAAAUGAAACAUUACACAUAAAUAUAUAUGUAUUGUUAGAUUGUAAAA